AUGUCCUCUGGUAAAGUAAUUGGAGGGAGAAUGAGCGCCCCGUCGCAAUGUGGGAACUUUGUUGCAGUUAUAGUUCCAAAAUCCUCGAUACUUGACAUAUAUAGCGUUUCAAGAACGGCCAAUCGACUAUACAGAACAUAUGAUUUGGGGCAAUUGAUAAGGCAGCACAUACGUAGGAAUAUAGAGGAACACAUAGGUAUAAUAGGUCAUACAUUGGAUAUUAGCAUAAUACGAUGGGAAAGGGUGUUGCCGGGAUUGAGUAGUUCCAAAUUGGGCCUAGUCUUCGAGAAGCUUUCCAUGCUACUUAUAUUUGAUAUUAGGGAAAAGUUGGAUCCGAUCGUGAUACACCAAACGAAUAAUGAAGGAAUUGAGGAUUUCCAGUGGGUUCCCCCAACAGAGAAUGAUACGGAGGAUAAAAGUGACAAACCAGGAGCAUACACGAAUUGCAAACAGUUGGUGGUAUUUACCAAACACAGACUUCAAGUAAAGUUAUUUUCACUUGAUUGCACGCAUAUGUUAUGGAAAAUAGACAGACCAAUUUCGGAUGAGAUACUAGUUAGGCCUGGGCUGAAUAAUACAAUUUGGUCAUUGGUCGUAAACUCGGGACUCCCAGUAGAUGCAGCGCCGGUAAUCUAUCACUUUUAUAACGAAGGAUCUAUAAGCAGCUUAUUGUAUAAGUUCAAAUUUUCUACUAACGCAUCGCAUACGCUGGUCAAUUGGUCGGGUUCAGGAAAAUGGCUUUGUAAUUUAAAUUCAAUCGAUUGUCUUUUUGGCUUUGAUUUGCAAAUUUAUAAUUCUCUAGGGGUGUACAGAAAUCCAUUCAACCAUAUAUCGGACGUGCCUGUUGGUGAUCCUAUCAUAACUUUGGAUUACUUGAAUAAAAGUGUCGUUGACCACCAGCAAGGGAAUUCCUUAAUAUCAUAUGGAUCGGUGGAGUAUCUUUCACAAUGGAUAGAAAUCGCAGCAAACAACAAUGAAUACCUAUUAAUAGCAAGCACAAUACAUACAGAAGACUCAUGCAAGAUAGAGCUAAUCCUCGUCUCCAUUAAAUCGUUUGGGAUUAUCAAUAGGUCACUAGUCCCAGAUGCACCCGUUUAUAACGUCUGGAAACAGUUUCGUGAUCCAUCUACUCGUACUAUAAGGUACCGCAAAACAUUAAACAAGACAUUAAUAUUGAAGAGUAGCUGUAAACUAGAGAACUUUCUAGUUGAAAACACUAAAACUGUUAACUGGGCAUGCGUACAAGUUGAGGAUAUUAUACUUUUGUACAAAGUAUUCGUGGAAGACGCUACGUCAGUAAACAAAAACGUUAUUUACGAAUUGGAAACUGCAAUCCACGUAAAUUCAAAGGUCUUGUCUUUGAACCUAUUUAAGGCUGGAAACGAAGAGGUAAAAUUCCUAAUUACAACAGAAGAUCAUAUAGCGGCGUACGACUUUUCGAAACAUUCGCUAGAAGUCUUAUACCCUAAUACCAUUCCCACAAAAAUUAGGAAUGUUUUCGUCUUCCAGAAGAACCAAAUCACAGAGUUAUUGAUUGUUUACGAAAGAAUCGAACACAUCAAUUGGCAAAUAAUCACCCAUGCAAAUAAAACUGAAGAUGUGGGGCAGACAGCCAUUGAAGAUGAUUCGAAUUUCUCCAUUAUGAAGAGAUUCCAAUACCAGGAGGACAACUCCAAGGUCAUGGGGCUUAUGAAGGACGUUCAACACUCAGAGUGGGGCCAGGGCCAGAGAAUAAAGCGCAAUAGAUUCAACCACAACCGGCCUAGUCUCACGGAAAAUACCGACGACGUAACCGAUACCUUCAACCUACAGAAAAGAGCUAAACGAUAA